AUGGAGACUAUUUAUUGUUUGAAUUAAGAGCAUUCUGAAAAUCCAUUAAAUCUAUUUUGCUUAGACAAUGAAUGCACAAAUAAAGGUUUAAUAUGUUCUUUUUGCUUAUUAAAAUUUCAUUAACAACAUGUAAAAAACGUAUUUCCUUUAAAAACUAUUGUAUCAAGUCUUAAUAGAGCAAAUAAUCCAAAAAACUAAUAAGAAUUGCAUAAUAAAGGGAAUGAAAUAUUUGAAAAGCAUCAUAAAAUUAAAUAAACAUUUAGAUAAAAUCUGAUUGAAAUCAAAGAAAUUCUUAAUAAAUUAGAAAAAGAAAUUGAAAAAUAAAUUAAAGUCUUAGAUUUAGAAGCAGAUCUAUUUGUUGGAGAUGCUUUUGAAAAAUCUAUUAAAGUUUUAAAUAUGUAGCAAUUAAAAAAAGAGUAAAUUGAAUAAGCGAUUGAAAAAAUUGAACCUCUUCUAAAGACUUUUGAAGGAUAGAUUUGGAUCUUAAGAGAUACAGAAAUUAAUUAAUAAGCCUAAAAACUAAUUAAAACAGCUGAAGUAAUUGAAAGAGAGAGCAAAUUUUGGCUAGAAAAAGUAUGCUAAUUAUACUAUUAUAAAGUGUCUUAUCGAUCUUAAAAAGCUUUAUGAAACAUGUUAAAAUCCAAUUAAAAAAUAAGUGAAAAUACUUACAAGCUAAAAUAGAUAUUAGUUGACAUAUGAAUAAUGGAACUUAAAAGAAACAGAUGCCAUAUGUUUUAAAUCUAAAAAGAAACAUGAUAUUUGGUUAUCAGGAGUUGGUUUAUAUGAAAUUACAACAUGGCCAGAAUAACCUUUAUAAUUUAAUGUAUAAUUAUUUGAAGGUGCUAUUCUGAAUAAGUAUGUUUGUUAAUUAUAAAUUAAUAGAAAGAAAAUAAUCUAUGAAGAUACAUUCUCUAUCAAACCAGAAAUGGAAUUUUAGAAUCAUAUUGGGAAAAUUUAUUUUAAUAAAGCUAUUAAAAUUGAAUUUGAUAAACCUUAUAUUUUAGGUAUCACUGAUUCUAUAUUUAGCAUUAAAACCUAAUUAAAGUUGUUUGAGUUACUAUGGUGCUAAUGGUAAAUUUGAAACAGAAGAAUUUUCAUAUUCAGAACCAUAAUUCACUCAAGAGUUUAGUGAUAAUUCAACCACUAUAAAUCAAGGAGUUAUACCCUAAUUUUAUUAUGAAGAAUGA